AUGUCAACCCUAAAGAAUAACCUCAAAACCCGCGGUAUUGUCAUUGUCACUCUCAUAGUUUUAGAGAGAGGAGGAAAAAUAGUGAACCCAAAGUGUUAUUUGGACAUAAGUAUAGGAGGAGAAGUAGAAGGAAGGCUAAUAGUGGAGUUAUACAAGGAUGUUGUCCCUAAAACUGCUGAAAAUUUCAGGGUUUUGUGUACUGGCGAGAAUGGCAUUGGUCCCGACACUUCCGCUCCCCUGCAUUAUAAGAUUCCAUGCGAAUGGUAUGACGAAUACAUAAUGAUUUUACAGGGUGUUCGAUUUCACCGAGUUAUCAGGGGUUCUAUGAUGCAAGGUGGGGAUAUAUCAGCUGGUGAUGGAACUGGGGGAGAAUCCAUUUAUGGCUUGAAAUUCGAGGAUGAGAACUUCGAGUUAAAACAUGAACGGAAAGGGAUGUUAUAA